AUGCGCCCGAGUUCCCGCCCGAGCGCCGAGCGGGGGCGGGACCUGGACCACGUGCCCGGCGCCUGCCGCCGGCCCGCCGCCGCCCCGCCGCGGCGCCUGCGCUGGGGACCGCCAGUGUUGGGGGCAGCGACGUGGACGCUCGCGGGCGGGCCGGCGGGCGCGGAGCGGCCGGAGGAAGGACGCCGCGGCCGCCCGCGGCGGCGCGGGGCGGCGGGGGAGGACCCCGGACCCGGACCUGCGCCCCCGCCCGAGGGCGCCCAGGAGGCCGCGCCCGCUCCUCGGCCGCCGCCCGAACCCGACGACGCGGCCGCCGCGCUCCGCCUGGCGCUGGACCAGCUGUCGGCGCUCGGGCUGGGGGCCGCGGGCGACACGGACGAGGAGGGGGCGGCCGGGGACGGCGCAGCGGCGGCGGGGGGCGCGGACGGCGGGUCGGCUCCGGAGCCUGUGACCCCCGACGGGCCCGAGGCCGGCGCGCCCGCGACCCUGGCCCCCGCCGUGGCCGUGGCCCCCGGGUCGCUGCCGCUGCUGGACCCCAACGCGAGCCCCCCGCCGCCCCGGCCGUCACCCCCCGACGUGUUCGCGGGCUUCGCGCCCCACCCCGCGGCCCUGGGCCCCCCGACGCUGCUGGCCGAGCAGAUGAGCGUGAUCGGCAGCCGCAAGAAGAGCGUCAACAUGACCGAGUGCGUCCCGGUGCCCAGCUCCGAGCACGUCGCCGAGAUCGUGGGCCGCCAGGGCUGCAAGAUCAAGGCCCUGCGGGCCAAGACAAACACUUACAUCAAGACCCCAGUGCGGGGCGAGGAGCCGGUCUUCAUCGUGACGGGCCGGAAGGAGGAUGUGGAGAUGGCCAAGCGUGAGAUCCUGUCGGCGGCCGAGCACUUCUCCAUUAUCCGCGCCACUCGCAGCAAGGCCGGGGGUCUGCCCGGCGCCGCCCAGGGCCCGCCCAACCUCCCCGGACAGACCACCAUCCAGGUGCGCGUGCCCUACCGGGUGGUGGGGCUGGUGGUGGGGCCUAAGGGCGCCACCAUCAAGCGCAUCCAGCAGCGGACGCACACCUACAUCGUGACGCCCGGGCGUGACAAGGAGCCGGUGUUCGCGGUCACCGGGAUGCCCGAGAACGUGGACCGCGCGCGCGAGGAGAUCGAGGCGCACAUCACACUGCGCACCGGCGCCUUCACGGAUGCGGGCCCCGACAGUGACUUCCACGCCAACGGCACCGACGUCUGCCUGGACCUGCUCGGGGCAGCCGCCAGCCUCUGGGCCAAGACCCCAAACCCAGGACGACGGCCCCCCACGACCACGGCCGGCCUCCGCGGGGACACGGCCCUGGGCGCCCCCAGCGCCCCCGAGGCCUUCUACGCGGGCAGCCGUGGCGGCCCCUCUGUGCCGGACCCAGGCCCCGCCAGCCCCUACAGCGGUUCCGGCAACGGGGGCUUCGCCUUCGGCGCGGAGGGUCCUGGUGCCCCGGUGGGGACGGCCGCCCCCGACGACUGCGACUUCGGCUUCGACUUCCUGGCGCUGGACCUGACGGUGCCUGCCGCGGCCACCAUCUGGGCGCCCUUCGAGCGCGCCACCCCCCUGCCCGCCUUCAGCGGCUGCUCCACGGUCAACGGAGCCCCGGGACCACCCGCCGCCGGCGCCCGGCGCAGCAGUGGGGCCGGGACCCCCCGCCACUCGCCCACGCUGCCCGAGCCCGGCGGCCUCCGCCUGGAGCUCCCGCUGUCCCGCCGGGGCGCCCCGGACCCGGUGGGCGCGCUGUCCUGGCGACCCCCGCAGGGCCCCGUAUCCUUCCCGGGCGGCGCCGCCUUCUCCACGGCCACGUCGCUGCCCAGCAGCCCCGCGGCCACCGCCUGCGCCCCCCUGGACUCUGGCGCCUCCGAGAACAGCCGCAAGACCCCCUCGGCGUCCUCGGCCCCCGCCCAGGCCCUGGCCCGGGAGUGCGUGGUGUGCGCCGAGGGCGAGGUGAUGGCCGCGCUGGUCCCCUGCGGCCACAACCUCUUCUGCAUGGACUGCGCCGUCCGCAUCUGCGGCAAAAGCGAGCCCGAGUGUCCCGCCUGCCGCACGCCGGCCACCCAGGCCAUUCGCGUGGAGACGGAGACCCCGCAGCCCGGCGCCUCAACCCUUCCACGACAGUAUUGAGUGGUCAGGUUACAAUAAACCGGAGAGAAAAGGUCCGCUUGCACUUUUUUUUUUAGUUUUUAUUUUUAGACACCCCUCCCCUCCAGGGUGAUCUUUAAAAAACAAAACAAAAAUUACGAUUUUUCCAGCGCUCAGUGUUUUCCUUUUGUCCGAAGCCGUUUCUGAUUUGACUUUUCUCGCCGGCCGGUCUCAAGGCCGCACAGACGUUCCAGAGGAGGAGGGCGACAUUUUUACUCCGUUUUUGGGGCUAAACAUUUAUGCUUUUGUACAUCAACCAUGCGCGGCCAGAGGGGGACGGGGCGGGGGGCGAGGGGCGUUCCAAUCAGAAAUUUCUAACUUUCUGUUAAUUAUUAAUCCCCUUUCUACUGCGGUUUCUGUUGUCAUUUUUUAAAUUUUUUAAUUUUUUUUUUUUUACUUUUACUUUUUACCUCUUGUGUAUAUGUAGGGAAUUUAUAGGGAAAUAUGUACUUUAUGGAAUAAAUUUUAAGAACUAAAAUAUAUUUUAUUUUGAAUAAAGUAAUGGGCCUUUCAUCUUGCAGCUAAAUCACUGAUUAUAUAUUUGCUGAGCUGAUUUAAGGGUUAAAAAAAAAUUGUAUCAAGAGUUUUAUUUUUUGACUUCAAAGCCUUCUUAAUAAAGCCUCUUUUCUACAUGUGA